AUGGAGGACCGAGAGAUGUCGACCAAACCAGAGAGCAUCUCGUCCAGGCCGCCGGAAAUACCAGACAAUGACUGGAAAAUCAGUCUCUACGAUCCCGGCGACAAUGAUGACUGUCCCCGAGCUUGUUUCCUCCCCUGUGACAUGUUCGCCCACACACGCUAUCGAUUGGACUUGAUCAAACAGGGUCGAGAUCCUCUCGACCUCACCGAUUACAAAGACUUCAACCCCACUUGUUGGAAGUUCUUCGGGUUGUGCACUGGGGGUUUCUGUAUCGGCAGCGGCAUCUACACCGGUAGAGAGACGACCAGGAUCCGUCAAAAGUACGGCAUUAAGGGCACAGCAGGAGACGACAUGACCAGAGGGAUUUUCUGCCAGCCAUGUUCCCUAAUUCGAAAUGACCUCGAGAUCCGCCAGCGUGAGGGUAUGAAACAAGAGGCCGAUCUUCCUCCCCCGAGACCCCUUGGCGAGGACUACCAGCCCAUCUUUGCCAUCAAGCCCGAUGGCUACAAGUCGGAGCCGCGGAUGACUACCCCCCGAGGCAUUUUGAAGCCAAUCGCGUCUCCGGAAAUCUCAUCGCCGCCGGACGGACAACCCGCUCUGCGAGAAGUACACUUCCACGAACCGGGGCAGGGAAAUGCACCCAAUGUGGCUGCGUCGUACCCUGCUGAAGGCGGUCAUGUCUCUCAAUCUUCUUUUAGCCCUAGGACCGAGGGUGGCCCUUCGACUGUCAACCAACGACGCAGCAGAGAAGGGACGCUCACUCCCAUCGAAGAAGCAGACAACCAAGCUGGUGAAGAAAGGAAUAAGAGCACCACCUUGGGCCCAGCAAUGAACACCUUCCAGAGGACGACAAGCCCACCCGUGAUGCAUGUCACCACCAGCGAUGCCCCCAUCCAGGCGCCAACCCCAACUCGUGACCACGACAGAUACGGCAACGGCCGAGGCCCGGACACUGAUCGGUUGGAAGUGCCAGUGCAAUCAAAUACCCCAGCCCGCAAGUCGCGCUUCUCCGAGGAGUUUGAUGCGCCCUCUGCCGACGAGAUGUUCUCCAAAAUCCCAGACGCAGCCCCAAGUAGCACACUCGAUGCUCCUCCUCGGCUUCCGCAGUUGCCUGGUGCAUUUGACACCCCAGCUAUGCCACCCGCAACCGUACCUGCAGGCUCCUCUGACGUUCCUUCCCAACUGCCACAACUCCCUGGUGCAUUCCCUUCCUCUUCACACUCCGAAACACCGAAUAUGAAGCCAUCCGCUCUCGGGCAGCUUACCGCCCUUCGUGACGUGGCGAACCAAUCUCCCAAGGUGGUCACCGUCGAGGAGGCGGAGACUUCAAUUGCAGAAACGAUCCAGGACGAGGCAGACGAAGCGCAGGUCGGUGAUCGUCCUCACGAUAAUUCCCAAGACCCCCAACUCGAUACUCUUCCUCCCAGAGAUACCCGCCACCGGCUUAACAUCGACGAGCAACUAGCUUUCCUCCCUCCGCAAGCUGAAGCACACGAUUCCGGCACCAAUACGGUUGUUCCCUUGCCGGAUCAGCCAGAAGCACAUGGUCCGCACAUGGAUGCCAAGGUUGCUCUGGCCGCCGCCAGGAUCAAAGAUCACCCCAUCGAGUCGGAUCCUCGCAUCAACUCGCCCAAACCGAUCUCGAUCCGCAACCACGAAUUCACCGAGGACAAGCGACUCGCGGUGCCGAGAAGCGACAGCCCUUUUAAACCCGGCAUCCACUUGGACCAGCGUGUCCCGACUCCUCCAGCCUUGGUGCGACCGCAUAAUCGCCUUGAAGACCGGCAAACCGCUACGCCCAGUCCCAGUGCUGAUCGCGAAAAUCGCAACCUGGCCGCAGACGUCAGAACCGCGAGUCCGGGUCUAGGAUCGAGGCGUGGAGGCCUGAUGGGUGGAAGACCUCAUUCCCUUCGCCACGAUAGUCGUGUUGGUACGCCGAAGCAUCUAGAAAAUGUCCAUGAUUUGGCGGCGGAUGUGAGAGCGCCAACAGGACCGGUGACUCCGUUGGCGAAGAGCCCGGAACCGAGGAGCCCUCCGCCCAAGAGACUGGCGGCGGCUAGUCCAGCUUUGAGCGCGUCCAGUAUCAGCAUCGGGACCAGGGCGCAUCAAUUGUUGGAGCACUUUUUGGAGGGUAAUAGGAAGGCGGCGGAGCGGGAAAAUGGGAAUAAGUCGUGAGCUGGUGGGUUUUUGAAGGAGUGCAAGACCUGAAUGGGAACGAGACAGAACGAGAGACGUUGGUGGGGCCGAGCAGGGUGUAAGGCACUGCACUCUGUGCAAAAUGGUCACGCUCUUGGAUGAGGAAUGCUCGGGAAACACCUAGGAUAAUAACGGGAUCGAUGAUAGAGAUGAGUGGGUUGGAAAACAGACAAACGGAUACCUCUACUUGCAAACAAAAAGCUCUAAUCAUUAGUCUUAAUCAUUAGCGUCAGAUUACCUACGAAAAAUCCGAGGAAUCGUUAUCUUUUCCA